CGAAGGUCCCCAAUGCUGUUCUCCCUUAGCCAGACUGGCAAUGGAAUGUGCCGUGGUCGUUCAAGGGUGCUUGAAGAAAGUUGUUUUCCGGUGUUGUUCGCCCCAAGAUCUUACCUUUCCCCCGGUGUAGGGGCGCCCUUGUUAACGUCUGCAGUUGCUUUACUCGUUCUGCCUGGGUGGCCUGUUAAAUGCUUCUAUGCAUUUGUAUGCCUUUGGUUUAAAACUAUGAUGGGAGGCAUCAAGCCCUUUGUGGGCAGUUCUUUUACUUGCUGAUUUUAUAUUUCCGGAUCUAGAUCUUAAAGCAGCCCUCUUGGUAGUUAUUGGGGAGAGACGUUGUACAAACAAAAUCUGUGAUUUUUGCAGUAGCUGAAUGUUUGAAAAGAAGCCCUGCUGGUGCAACGUUUAAGUGCUGGGUUGCUAAUUGAAAAUUUCGCGGUUCGAACCCACCAAGCAGCUCCGCAGGAGAAAAACCUGGCAGACUGCUCUUGUAAAGAUUACAGCCAAGAAAACCCUAUGGGGCAGUUCUGUUCUGUCACAUGGGGUUGCUAUGAGUGGAAAAUCCAUGGGACAGCACCUAACAAUAACAACAAAUGUUUGAAAAGUUGACUCAAUUAAAAGCUUUAGAUGAAGUUCUUUUAAACAUAAGGAUGGAGAAAAAGCUUGUGGCGAAGGGGGGCAAAAAAAAGAAGCAGGUUCUGAAGUUCACGCUUGACUGCACCCACCCUGUAGAAGAUGGAAUCAUGGAUGCUGCCAAUUUUGAGCAGUUUCUUCAAGAAAGAAUCAAAGUUAAUGGGAAAGCUGGUAAUCUUGGCGGAGGGGUUGUAACCAUCGAAAGAAGCAAGAGCAAGAUUACUGUUACCUCCGAGGUGCCUUUUUCCAAAAGGUAUUUGAAAUAUCUCACCAAAAAAUAUUUGAAGAAGAAUAAUCUACGUGAUUUGUUGCGCGUAGUUGCUCACAGCAAAGAAAGUUAUGAAUUACGUUACUUCCAGAUUAACCAGGACGAAGAAGAGGAAGAAGAUGAGGAUUAAAACUCACUUCUCUGGAAUAUUUUGUAUUAGCCCUUGAAUAAAACUUGGGAACCAAA